CAUAAGCAUGCACUGUUUUAGAGCUGUAGAAAAUAUUAUUUUAUAUGGAAGUGGUACAGAGGUUGAAGGGCUGGACUCGGUCAGAUACAACUUAGUUUGUGGAUUACUUUAAAAAGUAGAGACAUUGAUUUCCAACAAGCCACUCACAAUCUGGAAAAGCUUUAUUAUUGAUCAGUAAUAGCAUUCAGGAGAAAAGAAUCACGUAACAAUUUAUUUUUUGUUAGCGUUGACAAAAUCCACAACCAUAUUUUAUUAAAUCAAGACAACUAUGACACUGAAGUUCUGAAACUGCAAGAAAAAAGUAAUAGAAAGUAGUUUAGACUGAAGAAUGAAACUCUUGGUACUUGGGGCCACAGGACAAACAGGCCAAUUAUUAGUGAGACAAGCACUUGAACAGGGCUAUGUGGCGAAAGCUGUUGUGAGAACUCCCAGCAAGCUGACCAUUCAGCAUGACAACCUGAAGGUGGUGAAAGCAAAUAUUUUCUCAGCCGACAGUCUUCAGGGGCAUUUUAACGACCAGGAUGUCAUCAUGUCCUGCCUUGGGUUCCCAAUACGCUUAUUUUCUGGACAUACUGAAUACACAGAAUCAAUGAAAGCUAUAAUUUCUGCUAUGCGUAAGGCAGAAGUAACUCGAAUUAUAGCAAUGUCAUCGUGGUACACUAAACCUAAAACUUCACAUCAGACUUCUUGGAUGCUGAGGUCGUUCUUGACUCCUGUGAUCCACAACCUGCUGAUCAACAUGCAAGAAGUAGAAAAUUAUUUAAGCAAUGAAUGCAAAGAUCUCAACUGGACUGUGGUAAAACCACCAGGUCUUCUGAAGGCACCAAGAACAGACAAAGAAUUAUUAAUUCAUGAAGGCUACUAUGAACCAGAUCUGGAUAGAACUCCCGUUGCAAAUCCAGUGACACCAGGAGAUAUUGCUCGCUUUAUGCUGUCCUUGCUUAAAGAUGAUUCGUGCAACAAGAGGGCAGUGGCAGUGGUAACAGUGUAAUAAUAAAUUGCUGCUCUGGAAAAUA